AUGGACCGCGCUGCACCACUUUCGUCAAGGCAGAGGAGAGUCCUGGUGCAGCUAGUGGAGGGAAGGCCUGUCCUUCAAGAUAGGUCAACCAGCACUGCGGUCCAGCACAAGAAGAACUUGGCGUGGGAUGAGAUCGCCAAAAACUUCAACGCCAUGCACCCUGAUCUGGAGCCGCGAUCAGUUCAACAAUUGAAAAGAAGUUUCAACCGCAUCAAAUUGAAUGUGAAAAAGGAAGAGAGAGCCUACAAGCUGAAGGUGAAGAGGACUGGUGGUGCCCCUCCUCCAUCACCUCCCAAGUUUACAGAAGAACAUGAGACUGUUGCCUCCAUGAUCUCUGGAGAACUCAACAUGGGCGAGGAUGUCUUUGACACUCUUGCCAUUCAAGAUGGGCAUCCAGUGGAUGAGGCAGGCACUCCCAUCAUGGAUGUUACUUUCACUGUGAGUGGAAAACUGCCACCGACAGAGGUCCCCUCUGCUACUUCUGCCGCUGAAUAUGCUGAAGCACCUGCACCUCCAAGUGCUUCUACAUCUUUCCAGCCAGAAGCUUCAUCCUCGGCAUCCACUGCACCAUCACUAACUACAUUUACAUUGGGGGCGAGGAUGUCAGAUACAGUGCCAGAGAAGUGGCCUCUGGGAUCAUCUUUUUCUGGGGUGUUUUAUGGGGCUGGUUAG